AUGUCCCCCGUCGCCAUCAACGAUCCCACCGAGAAGCGCACCCAGGCGCCCACCAAGCCCUGGAAACCCGUGCAGACGUCGCCCCUCGUCGAGCGCAUCUCGAACCCGAUCCGCGAAAUCGUCGCCAACAUCGACCUCUCUGCUCCGCCCGAGAAGGGCGUCGAGAAACCACUCAUCAACCUCGGAUUGGGCGACCCUUCGGUUGCAGGCAACUUCCCGCCUGCGCCUGAAGCUAUCGCAGCCAUCGAGGCGAGUCUCAAGUCCGGACGCGCGCUGGGCUACCCCGAGAGCGUCGGGUACCCUGAUGCCCGCGAGGCCGUCGCCAACUACUUUGACGAGGGGCCGGGAGGGAACUGGCGCAUCUCGAAGCAGGAUGUCGUCAUGGCGCACGGAGCGAGCGGCGCUCUCGAGAUGUGCAUCUCAGUCCUCGCGAGCGAGGGCAAGAACGUCCUCUUCCCCAAGCCCCUCUUCACCGCCUACGAGACGAUGGCUGCGACGACCGGUGCCGAGAUCCGCUACUACAACCUCCUUCCCGAGUCGAACUGGGAGGUCGACCUUGCGCACCUCGAGUCGCAGAUUGACGAGAACACGGCGUUCUGUAUCCUCAACAACCCGUCGAACCCGUGCGGCUCCAACUGGAGCGAGGCGCACCUCCGCGACAUCGCCGCCGUCAUGAACCGCCACCAAGUCGUCGUGAUCGCCGACGAAGUCUACGCCGGCCUCGCGUGGAACGUCACCGGUCCCCCUCCCGCUUCCGCCACUCAGCCCGCCGUCGAAGGCAAGUUCAACCGCCGCGUCUUCACGCCUUACGCUUCGGUCUGCGGCUCGGCACCUUGCCUCGUCGUUGGAGCCGUCUCGAAGCGGUGGCUCGCACCGGGCUGGCGUCUGGGCUGGACGAUCGUCCACGAUCCGCUCGGCGUGAUGGGUGCCGUCCGCAUCGCACUCGGCAAAAAGGCCUUCGUGAUCCAAGGCCCAAACUCGACGAUGCAGCGCGCCCUCCCCUCGAUCCUCGCCAACACUCCCGAGUCGUUCUACGUCAACACGAUGGUCGAGCUCGAGCGCGUCGGAAAAGCCCUCUUCGACCGCCUCGCCCGCAUCCCCGGUCUCAAGCCCUGCCUCCCGCAAGGCGCGAUGUACCUCAUCUGCGGCUACGAAGGCCUCGAUUUCGAAGACGACAAGGCGUUCGUCACUGCGCUUCACAAGGAGGAACGCGUGUUCAUCCUUCCUGGCGCGGCGUUCCGUUUGGAUGGGUUCAUGCGGUUCGUCACGACUACGCCGCUCGAGACGCUGCUUGAUGCGUGCGACCGCCUCGAGGCGUUCUGCGCAAGGCAUCGCAAGGUCGUCGCUUAG